GUAGCUGCCAGUGCCGCUGUCAUGGCGUCGGAGGCGCUGGCUGAAGAGAACCCGCCGCGGUCUCUUUAGAGCGAGAGGCUGGCGGCUGGGUAUGGAGAGCGGCCCCGAGAGCCUGCAGCCGCUAGAACACGGGGUGGCCAUCGGGCCAGCGCCAGGGACCGGUUCUCCGCAGGAAGGACCACCGGAGACCAGGCUCGCUGCCGGGGAUGGUCCUGGAGUAUGGGCGGCGGAGAGCAGAGGCGGGAAUGGACAGGGGGCGGCGGCCGCCGGGAGGAGCCUCUUGGACUCGGGUUCUCCCGCCGGCUCUCCUCAGGUUUCCGGACCCUGCAGCUCCUUCCCGGGCUUGGACUUGAAGGAGAGCGAUUUGGAGAACGCUGCUGCGCAGAAGGCGCCUCUGAGAGGGCAACACAAGGUGACCGCCUCCCCGGAGACAGCCGAGGCCGGAGCGGACCAUGGAUCUGGUCCGGCCGGAGACGCCGGCACCUGCCGGGCAGAGUUGGCGGCCGCCGGCUCCGAGGAGCCUAGCAGCGCCGGCGGCCUCAGCAGCAGUUGCAGCGACCCGAGCCCUCCUGGGGAAUCGCCGAGCCUGGACUCCCUGGAGUCGUUCUCUAACCUGCAUUCUUUCCCCAGUAGCUCGGAGUUUAAUAGUGAGGAGGGAGCUGAGAACAGGGUCCCCGGGGAGGAGGAGGAGGAGGAGGGCGAGGGCGCGGCAGUGUUGCCCCGGGCUGUGCCUCUUUGCCGAGAGGAGGAGGAGGUGGAGGAGGGGGAGGAAGCUCAGGUACUGGCGGCCUCCAAGGAACGCUUCCCGGGACAAUCUGUCUAUCACAUCAAGUGGAUCCAGUGGAAGGAAGAGAACACACCCAUCAUCACUCAGAAUGAGAAUGGACCCUGCCCUUUGCUGGCCAUCCUCAAUGUUUUGCUUCUGGCCUGGAAGGUGAAACUUCCACCGAUGAUGGAAAUCAUAACUGCUGAACAGCUGAUGGAAUAUUUAGGAGAUUACAUGCUUGAUGCAAAGCCAAAAGAAAUUUCAGAAAUUCAACGUUUAAACUAUGAGCAGAAUAUGAGUGAUGCUAUGGCAAUCUUGCACAAACUACAGACAGGCUUGGAUGUAAAUGUAAAAUUCACUGGUGUUCGAGUGUUCGAAUAUACACCAGAAUGCAUAGUAUUUGAUCUUCUUGAUAUUCCUUUGUACCAUGGGUGGUUAGUGGACCCACAGAUUGAUGACCUUGUAAAAGCUGUUGGUAACUGCAGCUACAACCAGCUAGUGGAGAAGAUCAUCUCUUGCAAGCAGUCAGACAAUAGUGAGCUGGUUAGUGAAGGCUUUGUAGCUGAGCAGUUUCUAAAUAACACAGCCACUCAACUGACAUACCAUGGAUUAUGUGAACUAACUUCAACGGUUCAGGAAGGAGAACUUUGUGUGUUCUUUCGGAAUAAUCAUUUUAGCACCAUGACCAAAUACAAGGGUCUACUGUAUUUGCUGGUAACAGACCAGGGGUUUCUUACAGAAGAAAAAGUUGUUUGGGAAAGCCUACACAAUGUGGAUGGUGAUGGAAAUUUCUGCGACUCAGAAUUUCAUCUGCGGCCUCCUUCAGAUCCUGAAACCGUAUACAGAGGACAACAGGAUCAGAUAGAUCAGGACUAUCUUAUGGCAUUAUCUCUACAACAAGAACAGCAGAGCCAAGAGAUCAACUGGGAACAAAUACCCGAAGGAAUCAGUGAUUUGGAACUAGCAAAGAAACUCCAAGAAGAAGAGGAUAGACGGGCUUCUCAAUAUUAUCAGGAACAGGAACAAGCAGCAGCAGUAGUUGCUGCUUCUGCUUCUUCACAGGCCCAGCAAAGCCAGCCAGCACAAGCCUCUCCAUCAAGUGGAAGACAAUCUGGGAAUGUUGAACGUAAACGAAAGGAACCUCGAGAAAAAGACAAAGAAAAAGAAAAGGACAAAAAUAGCUGUGUCAUUUUGUAACAAGUGGUGGGUUCUGUUGGAUGCAUCUAUAUGUCUUGAGAAACAAAACCACAGGAAGAAAGGAAGAAAAACCGAUAAAUACCGUCUGUGCCUGAUUUCCCAAUGGAUUUUGUUCAUGUUUUUCAGGGGAAAGGUUGUUACUUAGUUUCAAUCAGACUUUUUCAAGUCACACAGUACACUUUUCGUGAGCUGGAGUUUCAUGUUACAAGUUGGAAAUGCUGUGUGGUAUCAUUCAUGAAAAAUACUGCACUUGUAGCCAAAUAAGCAAAUCACAGCAAAUUUUGUGUCAUAGUGACAUUCAUAACUCAUAUCAGUUAGUAAGCUAUUUUAUCUUCUGUUCUAACAAUGAAUGGAGGUAACUGAUUUUGUCUGAUUCCUUCCUGAAAUCUAAACAUUAGCACAAUAGUUUCUGAAAUUAAUUUUUACAAUGUUAAAUUAUUAUCUAAUCCAAGAGAAACCAGGGGGUUAAUAUAGUGAUAUAAAAAGAAAACACACACACACACACACACACACACACACACACACACAAACAAGAAACAAACCAAGACAAACAAUAACAGAAAUAAAUAACCUUUAAUCCUGUAUUGGACUAGUUCAGCCCUUGAACAGCUUUACCUUUCUUUAGGAAUGUACAUUUUAGACACUAUGUUGAGAACUGAUAAUGGAGGUUGGGUUUAAUUUAGAUAGAAAAAAUAAUUUGUAUUUCUUUUCCAAUAGCAAAAAAAUUACAUAACACUAAUACUCAUAUUCUAUCAAAUCAGAUAUUAAUGACUUUGUAGUGUUGUGAAAUUUUGAGGAAUUUUGAAAUCUUUAAUAUAGGUAACUUGUACUACAGUUACUAUUUAUUGAAAGUGCGAUAACUGAGUAUAAGAAGGAAACCACAGUGGAUGCUAGGCCUUGUAAAUACAGGAAUAUAGAAAAGCAGAUAGUUCAGAUGUCUACCUUUUUCUAGAAUUACCUUGAACCUUAAAAUUUAAAUCAUGUUUAUUUGCUAGAAAAUUAAGUAUACUUAUUAAAGCCAACAAAAAAGCACAUUUCUGAAAGGAAGUUAGAGAUAUAAUCUCUGAGUUUAGUCAAAAUGCAUUAAUAAAAAUGUGUUUGAAAAUAGGUAAGAAUUGGGAGGAAUUUAUGUAAAAGCAAUCAGACUUUUUUAACUUAUGGGAACCAAAUAGACCUAUAACAUCUUGUAGUGUUUAUAGGAUUCAGAAAGAAUAUUUAUUGAACUUUAUUAUGAGGCAACACAUAUUUUCCUGUAUUUCUACUAUCCUUAAUAGUCCUUUUUAUAUAUGCUUUAUAUUUAAAAGUUUGAUUUAAUCAUUUUUGAAAAGACUGUUGCUGCUGCAAGUAGUUCUGUGAUUUACAUUCUAAGCCUCAGUAAAUUUAAGAGCAUCUUUAUCUAACCUGAGCAUCCACUUGGAGAAUGUUUUUUGUGGUCUGGGGUGACAAUAGACUACAAAAAAAGUGGUCUAGAGUUCUUAAGCUAUGUCCUUAACAUUCUCCAUGAUCCAGGACUAUUUAUAGGAUGAGUCUGUAUGUAAAAAUAAAAAGUAAAGUCUUAUUUAUGGAAGGAAUUAUUCUAAGGGAAAAAUCCAGGGUCAAACUAUAUCUUUUAUGUCAUGUCCUUCUGUAUUGCAUGUCUGGUUAUGUUAUAUAACAUUUGUUAGUCCUUCAGAUUUCCUAUACUAGCAUGAUAAAUCAUCAAAGAACCUGUUUGAGGUAUAACACUUUGAUACAAAAUAUUUGGUGAGUCUCUCAUUAAUAACCUAAAAUAUGUGUACGUUAGUGAAGUAAUCAAAUUACUACAGAAUUCUCCCUUGGCUCAAGCAACUUGAAGUUUACUCUUGAUAUCACUCUGUUGGUGGAGGAGGAACCUAAACCUUAUGGUUUGUUUUUCCUAGAACAGAUAGUAGUGACAGAGCAUUAUAUUUUAAUAAGAAAAAACAAAACGGUAAAUCCUGAGAAAUUUUAAAAAGCAUAUUUGAGGCGUAUUUUUCCAUAAUUAUAUACUUAUCUAUUUAUUACCCUUGAAAGAUAUAUGUGUAAAAGUUAUUCCUCUGUUAUUUGUUACUAUCUUCUUAAUUUAUUCCAAAGAUAUUACUGCCAUUCUGCAUUCCCUCUGGAAGGAAAAAAAAAAAAAAAAACAAAACUCAAAACCAGCAGUGCUGCUAUCAGAUAAGUAGAUGUCAAUGUAUACUUAGAAAAAAUAACUAAAAAAUGUAAUGUGUUUGUUAAUUCAACCUUUUUUCUAUGUAAUAUUUCAAGUCAGACUUUCUUACAUUCCUGGAAUUCAGUUUGAUAUACCAAGAGUAAUACUGAUAAAAUGUUUGCUUUGAUUAUUAUGAGGAAAAAAUUAAAUGUUCAAUUCUAUUAAAACAAACUUCUUGGGAGAUACUGGUUUCCCAUCCUUGAAGGUUAGAGCUAUUGUGUCUUUAUAUUCUUAAGUUUUGCUCAAGGCAACAAAUUGCAUAUUCAGACAUUUCAUUGCUGGUUUUGGUAUAUUGGAAUUUGAGAGUGGUAUAUUAAAGUCUUUCCUUCGCAAUAUUUUGUAGUACUUGAAAAUUGUUACAUUAACUGCUAGCAGAAGUUAGAACUUAAACAUUUUUGUUUUUAAUAUUUAUAGACUAGAUUAGGGACACAUUUGCAUCAACCAAUCACUAUUAGAGCUAGCAAAAGAGACACGAAUGAAUGGAUAUGGUCACUGCACUUUCUUGUACUUUCAAAAGCUAUUUCAUAAGUUUAGUUACCAGUCUUUAUUAGCAAUAUGAAAACUUCUCAUUUGUAACCCCACUGAAUCAACAAUGCUGUGAUUUAUGAUAGGUUUCAACGCUUAAAAGUACGUGUGUGUGCGCGCGUACGUGUGUGUGUGUGUUUGAAGCAAGGAUCCAUAACUUCUAUUAUCUAAGGAAUCUGGGAACUUUCCCUCAAAUUUUACCAUUUGAGAAUACACACACACACACACACAUACCCUAAGCAGUUUGAGGCAGCUAAAAUUGGCAUUGGCUGUUUCUAUAAUGUGCUGGUCCAGUGUGCUUAAGUGAAGUAACUUCUUCCAUGUUUCAGGGUGUCUGUCAGCUUACCAGUUGAAUGAGGUGUAGAUUUAAGUUCAGGAUUAUGUUGUACAAUAUAUUUUGUUUUAGUGUCCCAUAUUUCUAGUAUUUGACUACUUAUCCCAUAUUAUGUUUCAGAUUCUUCCUCAUACUUCUUGAUCUUAGCUUAAUUAAGCAAGUUAUUAUUGGAGAUUAGUUGUCUGAACCCAACAUUAACCAUUUUGUACUUGCAUAAAACCUUAACACUUUGUUUUUAUUGAAACACCAGUGCAGGUCAUUAAGAAAGAUCUUGAGAGAAAAGAGGAUUAGAAGUCAAAUAGAUAUUUAAGGAAAGAAUUGUAAUCCUUAUAUUAAUGUUGGCAUAUUAAGUUGAUAUUUAUAAAGUCCUACUGGAGAAAUAUAUUCAAGGCAAGAAUUUCCAGAACUAUCCUCAAACUCAUUUAUUUAAAAAAAAAUUGCUUUGAAGCAAAAAAGAAAAAAAAGCAAAAUGAUUACAUUUCACUUAAUUUCCUAUUAAAUAUACCAGUUAUUUUAAAAUAUGGUAGAAAACUUACAGGCUUUGUCUAUCAUACAAUACUUGGGCAUACAACUUAAACUGUAAUUGUAAAUUUACUAAUGUUUGAUAAAAUAACAUGGAGGCCAUUAAAGAUAGUACAUAACUUGUAUUUUAAGGAACUGGAAAUGUGGAAUUUUGAACUGUUUUAUGUCUAAAAAUCUGGCUUUUAUCUUUUCAUGGACAAAUUUUCUAUGCCUCAAUUUAAAUAUGUAAAGGAUGUUCAUUUUUUCAGAGCUUUACACUCCUGAAUAAAGGACAAUAGUGUAAGCUCAGAGUAUUACUUAAAUAAUCAUAAAUAUUAAAGUUUUUGUUCUUGAGUGUGCAGGUCUUUUUCCCAAUGACAAUAUUUCUUAAAGUCUAGUUUUCUUUAAUGCUGUUAAAAUUUGUAAAAUUGCCUUAUCUUUGAGUAUGGCAUUAUCUCUUCCCAAAAUGUAUUCUGCGGUUGCUUUUGUGUUCUAUGGACUAUAGGAUCAAAAUCAAGAGAAUUUGGGGAGUAUAAAAAGCAUUAAAAGUCUAUUUUUUCCAGCAUCUUUCAUGUAUCUAAAUAUUUAGAUUCUCUCUGCCUUUUUUCCAUGUUACAAAGUACAUUGCUAUCAGGUCGCUAAUACAUACAAGUAAACUUUUGUGCAUGGAUGAAUUCUUAGGUUCUCUGGGAAUAUAGUGGUGUUUUAUUUAUUUUUUUUAAAUAAUAUUAUAGCUACUGAGAAAAUCUUAUGCAGAAUCAAGGGUACUUUUCUCAGGUGACACUUUAAAACAAAAAGUUUAAGAUCAAAGUCUUGUUAGCCAAACAGAUUACAAAAGAGAUAAUGUAGCCUGAGGGACAGAUUGCAGGACCCUAAUAAUUUUAACUUCUUUUGAAGACUUAUCUUAAUUUUAAUUCAUGCAUGUCUCUUACUUAAUCCCAGUGUCUCUGCUGUUAGAAAUUAGAGUUUUAUACAUUGUGCUAUGCAUAUGUAUUUUUACAUAAAGUAUUCUAAUUUCUAAUUUCACUUUUCUGAUCUAAAAACGUUAAAUUUUAAAAAUUGGGUAAAAGUUUUCCAACUAUUGA